CUUCACGUGGUUUCGCGGUGCUGAACGGAGCUCGCGCGAAAAUAGAGAGAAGACUCGUCGCACAUGUUGUGAUCAGUAAACGUUUGUUUUUUUCUUUUUUUUUUCUUUACACGUUUCUCGGAGAAAAACCGCGAGGUGUGCGAUUACGCUUCAAGUGGCGCGGUAUCAGAAACUACCAGAUAAAAGAAGACAAAGCACGUCGACGAGAUGAGGAAUCACUACGACGAGGACCCGGACGAGAAUUCGGAGGAAGAAAAUAUUGUCGUCGACCAGAUGAACACGUCGCGUAGCUCGCGCGCCGAUAUCGAUUCGCAGCCGUCGACCUCGCGUGGCAUUACGCACCGGCAACAACCUCAACAAUCUCAGCAACAACAGCAACAGCCUCAACAGUCUCAACAAUCUCAACAACCUCAACAGUCUCAACAGUCUCAACAGCCACAACAGCAGCAACAGCAACUGCCAAUUCCCCCCAUGGAUCCUAACGUCAGGAGAUACAGAACCGCUUUUACGAGAGAUCAACUGAAUCGGUUAGAGAGAGAAUUUGCCCGUGAAAAUUAUGUCUCUCGACCGAGAAGAUGCGAGUUGGCUGCGCAACUUAAUUUGCCGGAGUCUACAAUUAAGGUGUGGUUUCAAAACCGACGCAUGAAGGACAAGAGGCAGCGGAUGUCCCUGGCCUGGCCCUUUCACGUAGCGUAUGCGGACCCAAACAUAGCGGCGAUAUUCGCUCCGUUCUGUCAGCCCGUCUCCGCGGCGAAUCUACCGAAUAUAGCGAAUCUACCGGCAAAUCUACCGGCGAAUCUACCGGCGAAUAUAUCGGCGACGGCACACUUGGCCCCCUCGCCGACGUCAUUCUCGGCCGCCACCGCGCACUAUUACGCCCGGUUGCAGGCGUAUCACCAGCAGACUGGCCCGGUCGCCUCGCUCCAUCGGCCGCACCCACGCACGAACCCGUAUCCGCCCCUGCUGUAUCCGCACCAGCCGAUGUCGUCCCUGCACAUGCUGAAUAUGCCCGUCUCCGGGUCCUCCACCUUCUCCACGAUGAGCAAUCUCCCGACGCCUCCUUAUAACUCUUUGCCGCCAUGCCGGCAGCCAUUGCUGGAGGAACUUGCAAUCAGCCCGGUCAACUCUGACUCCUCCGGCGAGUGCGAUUACGCCACGACGCGUCUACAGUCGCCUACGUAUCCGCACCACUCGCAUCACCGCGUGAACGUGCCCGUGACCGUGACGUCGCCCCUGAUGCCGCAGGCAAACAGACCCACGAUCAGCAGCAGCGAGCAGCCGCAGCCGCUGAGAGUGAACGGUAUGAGUGUACCGAUGACGGUAAUUCCCUUCGAGAACAAUACGAGCACCUCGUACAAUCCCGUGGCAAUUCCCUCGACAUCGGGGACGUCCUCGUCGCCGCCCUCGUCGUCACUGAACAAGCUUGAGCAGGAGCAGCAACAGUCGCAGCAAUCGCAAGCAUCGCAGGCACCGCAGCCCAAGUUGUUUCAGCCGUACAAGAACGACACGGAAGACAAAAGGGAUCGAAACGGUACGAUAUAAAAUAAUUGAACAAAUAUAAAACAUUUUGCGACGACCACGAUUGGCGAUAACUGCACAUAAUUAAUAUAUGUAUACAUAUGUAUACAUAUAUAUGUAUGUAUACAUAUGUACAUGUAUUUGUAUAUAUGUAGAUACGCAAAAUACGCGCUUCCCCCAAAUAUCCAUCCCUUAUGUUACGUUAUACAUCACACAGCUAUUCUUUGUGCAUAUAUUACGCACGCGGGUAUGUACACUUGUACAUACAACACGCGUUCAAGAUUACUUUUUUAUUCACGCGAAUACAUUCAGCCUUCUUAAUGACGGUUUAAUGUUUCUUGAUAAUUGGGGAUAAUUAUAAAUUUGGAUAAUUGGGGAGAGCGCGUUGCGCUAGGUAGCCAAUGUGGCGGUUCACAGUGGGUUUUGUUCUGAGAUUCACGCCAUCGUGAACUUCAAAUAGCUCGUGUCUUGGACCUUUGACUGCGCGUACAUUUCCACGAUCCCGAAUUUGCACGCCUGCACAAUCGAGUCCUCACGUCACUCCUUAAAGUACCGUGAUAUGAUGUAAUAUACAGGGUGUAUGUACACGAUACAUCUAUUAAUUUAUCUUUUGCAAAGACAGAUCGAUCCCUAUCUGAAGAUAUACAUUUGUAAAUUUAUUACAAUAUAAUGGGAUGAAUGUUGUUAUGUGUGUGCAUGAAAAACACGUGCCAGAUCAGAAAUUUUUCAGAACAUUGUUGGGACAAGUAGAUAGUACGAGAAGAAUUUCGACUUGAAAAAAUACAAAAAAAAAUUUAAAGAAAGAGAAGUCGCGAGAAGGGAAAUGAAGAAAAGAGAACAAAUGAAUAUUGUAUAUAAAUACGUAUUUUAAUAUAUUUAUGAUAUAAUAGGGCAA